AUCGUAAAUUUAGAUUCUUAACAUUGCGAAUGUUGACUGUAAAAUCUGUAAAAACCGUAGGUAAAAACUGUGCUGUACAAAGGUUAUGGCGUAUUAAUGCAGAUAUUUUAGAAAACAUUAAUGGGUCGACAAAGUUGAUACUGUAGCUUUGUCGAUUUCUGAAAGGCUGUCUUUUGAAACCCGCAUUUUGUUUAUGGUGCUGCUCAAUACCAAGAUAAUUCAGUGAUGGAGACUUUCCACUUGAUUUUUUGUUGUCACUUGAUUUAUUCUUGUCAUCCCGUAUUUAAAUGUGUGUUUUGUUUUCGUGCCUUUACUGUAUGUUUCAUAGUUGUACCUGUCUUCGAAAAUAAAUGUCUUUUCGACGACGAAAACAGUUCUGCACAAUGUAAGAGCAAGUAAACAGAACUUCUUAGAGAAAAGGAGGAGUCUGAGUGGAGACGAGUGUGUGAGAAAAAUGUCGACAAAAGACAUCGGGGAAAGACCAGACGAACAACUCCUCGUUAUUAUCACCAACGAAUAUAUUUCCAUUCAUCGGUGGUACGUGAAGGCCUCAUUCACGCUCGCGAUUUCUUUGGAGCGCACAUGCGCAUCAAAGCAACUGCUGGCUGAGAACCGUUACCGAGGCUCGUUGUCAUCAUCUCUGAUCACCGUGUGUUCACAUCAGUCUUCAGUUAGCCUUUAUUACAUAGUCAGCGGACGAUACGCACGGAUACAUACUCGUUUUUCUUUUAAAAGCUCAGAGGCGACUUUUGUGGGAGAUAUUUUCAGCAAUUACAAGAAGACAGCAGGUUUGUAUGGCUGCACUCAUUCAUUCUCUCCAUCCCUGCUUUUGCGACAUCAUCGCAAAUUUAGCGAGCUAACCGCUGUUAUCCCCUUAUUUCUGCUGUGCCAAGGGAUAUUUUCGGCCACUAUUUUGCUUCAAUGUGUCUUUCUGAAAAUUGUGAUCAUAAUGUUAGGCCACGGAGUCCCUGUGCAACGAAACAGACGAGUAAUGUACGAGAUUAUCUUUUGUUAUGCUAACAUUUGCUGGAAACGAUUGGCGCGCCGUCCAGCUAGCUGGUGUUUCGAUGAACAGAGUGACCAUGUAAAUUUGGGACUUUCAUCCGAAUGUGUCAGCAGUUGUUAAUUGUAGCUUUAGCAGUUGAAAAUUGAAAAAAAUGAAAUUGAGGAAAAAAAAUAGUUGAAAUAAAAAAAAAAAAUCGUUUUUCAUGAAAUCUCAGGCAUGUAUUCUACGAAAACAAAGAGGCAUUACCACUGGCGCAUCUUGCGAAAGCCGCCAUUUGACAGGGGUCACCAUUCUCAGCGAAACACCGGCUGGUUAGCUGGCGGAGCAGGUGUUGCAACUCGGAGCCAUUCAUCUGAAAGAGCUUGGAAAUUAGAGUGUCCGCUGGAAGCUAUGCUAUUUUAACAGUCUUGUCCACUAAACUUGUAUUACAACCCCCCUGCUUCAGUUGUUUCAAGUUUGGAAAAAUGGUAUAAAGGAAUAUUAUUCAUAAUAAAAAUAAACAAACAAAUACAUAAAUAUAAUAAUAAUAAUAAUAAUAAUAGUAAUAAUAAGCAGCCUGUGAGGAGUUGUGCACUGUUAUGGCUGGUGGGGAACGUUAUCCCAGUACUCGUGUACAAAACACUGACUUUGCAGUGGAUGCUGAAAUAUAGAACAAAACCUUUUUCAUUUAGAUUACACUGGUAUAUCCUGUUUGACAAGCUUUUUAUUAAAUAGUAUAAAGUUCAUUCUUGUAUUCACUCUCACAAGCCUACAUCAGUGAAUGUUUUACAGACAACCGACAGCCAUAAAGUACCCGAUCCAACUCUGGCCAAAAUUGGAAAAAUCCAUCAGAAAAUAUAUACCAUGCUUGUUGGAUUGAAAGCAGGAAAGAUAUUUUCAGUAUGUCUCUGUAGUUUGUCUAGCCAUUUUCCACCUUAUAGGAGAUUUUUAGACUCCACAUUUCUGUGAAAUCCUGCCUGUGUUCAAUCAAUCAAUUUUUAAAGUCUUCCACCACAGUUUCAAAAAAUCAUGGAAGAAUACCUGCAGAUAUUUGAUCCAGAGUUUAUUAGAUACUGGAUUCCAUUUGUAUUGAUGUUAUUGAAUUCUUGAUCAAUGAAUCAAUAUGUUAGUUAAUAUUUAUGGUGUUUUACACCCUGAAUAGUCUACUUUUACUGUUUGAUUAUAGAAGAGGACGGAUGAAGUCUAAUUUUUUACAUGCCACAACAAAUAUCUGUUUAGGGCACAGCCUUUUGUGGUUGAAAACAUUCAUCCACAAAAGCCUUCUGUUUUAAAUAGCAUUGUAGGGUAAGCUAACUGAGGGGGUAAAAAUAGCAGCGAUCACUUUAGGGCAGCACAAUGAGCCAAAUUUUAGUCACAAUUUGGCCUUUUCAUGGUCAAAGAAACAUGAGUGACUGAGAUAAUAUAUGUUUAAAGCGCAUACUGCAACUUUCAAUAACAAUCUAAAUCCAGGAGUGCAAAGCAGAGUAGGUGGAUCAGGUGUGUGUUAGUAAAGCAGAGGGAGUACAGGGAACCAAGUCGCAUCACUCAAGUGUGAAUAAGCUAAUACUUGUAAGGCUAAACAGUGAGAGAUCUUUAAGUCUGUACCACAAUGAAAUAUCAAUUCAAAAUUCUGAGUCAAAGCUUUUCUGUUUUAGAGAUGAUGGCCGAAAGACUAUAUGAUAUAUCAAGUCUUCUGUACAGUGAUAAAAUGUGUGGAAGUCCAUAUACAUCUUUAAGAUUUAUGUGACAGAUAGGUGUUGGUACCUGCAGGGCAUUUCUGCCUGACGCACCUCCGACGGUGCCUAGACUCCAACUGCAGGGUUGCGGCUGAGAGCCAUCCUGGCCUCGCCCCUCUCCAGGUAGUGACCCUAGACUCUGCAUGGCAGGGGCGUCCUCCUCCCUGAGCCAGGCUUGCACCUGACCGCAUACCUGAUGGUUGGGAAGCGAAGGUUGAAACCUCAUGGGCCGCUUCCAUCGGGCCCACUUCAGCCAGUACAGAAGUACCAGCUGCAGGGUCAUCAGCUAGGAGCCAUCCUUCACUGAUGUUUCGCCCCUUUGAUCACCAGAACAUCUCAGGAUGGUGGGGCAGCGGUCAGGGACGUCUCCCCGCCACUCCCUGCAGCUGGACUUCGGCACUCAGGCUUACUGUGUGGCAUCUCGAUUCCCCCAACUCCUGUCUUUUCUUCUCAGCCAGAGCCAGAAACUUCCCUUUUCUGCUUCCUCUGAGAGAUCCUGUAGGACCUUCCUGGCCUUUGCUGCUGUGAAGCCGAUGUCCCUCAGGAAGCGGUUUGUUGAGAGGCCAGCAUAGCCGCGGCAGCCAACUUCAACUGGAUAGGUUGAUGCUCUCCAGCCUUUCUCUUCACAUUCUGCCACCAACUCUGCAUAACGGGCCAUUUUCCUCUCAUACGCUUCCUGGAUGUUCUGCUCCCAAGGGACCGUCAACUCGACUAACAGGACUCGCUUCUCAGUUGAGGACCACAGGACGAUGUCGGGUCUCAGUGUGGUGGUGGUGAUGUCGAAUGGGAAGCGUAGCUGCUUGUCAAGGUCAGCUCUCAUUGACCAGUCUUUGCCUGGAGUCAGGACCGCUGCUCUGUCUGCUUUAGGGCAGUUUUUCUUGGCUUGUCCCGCUGUUACAAACUGGACCAGCUGCCUUUGUUGGGAUGUUGUCUUCUCAUUGGCCAGGACUCUCAUGUUCUCUGUGUGCUCCGCCAACUUUCUUAGCACCUGGUCAUGACGCCAUGUGUAUCGGCCCUGGGCCAAGGCUGUUGGACAGCCGCACAAGAUGUGGCGAAGAUUUCCCUUGCCUGUUUCGCAGAGGCUACAGUUGUCCUCAGAUCCAUACCACUGUGCCAGGUUCGUUGGGCUAGGAAGAGUGUCAUAUGUGGCUCUGAUUAGAAAGCUCAGUCUUGCCUGAGGCAUCUUCCACAGGUCGUUCCAUUUUACUGACCUUGGUAGGAAGCCCUCCCACUUUGUCCACUGACCUUGCUGGCAUUGGCCAAUAGACUUGGCAAAGAACCUGUCUUCCUCCAUCCUUGUCACCUCUGUGACCACUAGCUGUUUCCUUUCUUUCAAGGAUGCCUUUGACCACAUCUUUUGUGGCUCUCCCCAGCCCAGGCCACGCCUUCCUUGCUGUGUUCUUCCGACAAGCUCUUGAUGUUUCAAUCUGGAGAUUGCAUCGUCCACACACUCCUCUGCCUUCCAUGCUCGGCCUGUCCGGAUCUUAGCCCCAGCAUUUCUGACCAGAUGGUCACUUGACUGUCGGAGUUCCAGCACCAGCCUUGACUUCUCCAGCCUAUACCCAGUUGAGAUGUUCUUCACUGGUAGCUGCAGUGCAUUUCUUCCAAACAGCGCUGCAUCGGAGAGGCAUCUUGGGAGCCCAAGCCAUUUUUUGAUGUAGUUGUUGGCCUUGGCAUCCAGCUUCGUGACUGUUGUUGCCGUUAUCUCACACAUCUUUAGGGGCCACAUCACCCGCUGGUAUAGUGUGAAUUGAUAACACCAGACUUUGAACUUGCCAGGAAGGUAGCUCUGGUCAAUCCUUUUUAACCCCUCUUUCAGUUGGUCUGUGACUGCAGCUGCCAUGUGCUUGUCUGAGAGAUCCGCUGUAUAUUCUCUGCCAAGGCUUCUGAGUGGUUGUUCUGCAAGUACGGGAAUUCUCUCUCCUGCCACUAGAAAAGAGACUGAGUCCAUUUGUCUACCCUUGCGGAUUGAGAGGCUGCGAGACUUCUUGGAUUUUAUCCUCAUCCUGGCCCAAGACAGCAACUCUUCAAACCUUUUGAGGAGCCGUGCUGUACACACAGCGGUCUGCAGUAGGCUUGUAACAUCAUCCAUGAAGCAGCGAAGUGGUGGCAAUCGUAGGCCUGCGCUAUUGCUAUCAUUCAGUUUUUUCACCUAACUGCAUGAGCUGUGAGUGACCAAGAUAUAUCCCAAACAAUUGGAUUUUUAGACCACACAUGCAAAUAAAUAAGUAACAUACUAAUAUCACAGGAUAGGAUGGCUCACAAUAGCACUGCUCAUUCAUCAUUUCCCCCAUCUUCUUAUGGGAAUCCUUGUGAUCACUCUGUGGUCUUAUCUCGGCAAAUAGAACAACAGCAGUGUGAGAAUAAAUGUUAAUUUGGAAUUAGGGAAAGCGUGCCACUGUGCUGUCUGGAGUGAUGCUUUUGAAGUGCUGCUGCUAACGUCUAAAGUGAGCAGGUGUGGCCAAAUCAAUAGAGGGUCAUUAAAGCCUUUGUUUAGUGUAACAGAUAUCCGGGUUGUUGAAUUGCUCAGCAGAGGCUCUUUGUGUUCAAAAGGCAGAUGACAGCUCACCAAGUGAUCAUAUUGGAAGUCAUUGUUGCUAUAGAAUAGGAAUUAGAGGAAUAUUUAAAGAAAGGACUUAAGUUUUAUGUUCCAGAUUUAUGGACACAGAUGUUUCUGGUAUCGGUCUGUCUGUUAUUGAAACAUGUAGUUGGUAUGUAUCACAGGAUAAACCUACUAGAGGUUUAUGAAAAGUUAUGAGCAAAUACUUUUUUUCUUGUGCACAUCUUUUAUUAGCCUUGUGUAUUAUGUUAUUUAUUAUGUUAUGUGUAUUUGUGUAUUGUUUGUAUGUCUGUGCUUUUGUGUGCUCUGUUGCUUUCCAAAAAAAAAAGGCUCACUAUGGAACAAAUAAAGGCAUUGAUUGGUUCAUUGAUUUAUUGAUAAGGCUGUAGUCUGAAAACACAUCAGGAGCACCAUCCACUAAAGUGACCUCAGUCACUCAUGAAAUUCCUCCCUCACCCUUUCAUCCCACUAUCUUUUCAUGCACUUGUGUUUUCUAAUUAUAUCAUUGGCCCCCACACAAACAUCCCUCUAGUCCAUAAAUAACAUCCACCUCAUGCCCACUUGCCUCUUCUCUCCCGCCCCCUCCUCCCUCAUCCUCUCACACCACGCCCUCUUCACACCACACUCAUCUUUCACACCAUUAUUUAACUCUCUUUUGCCCCCUCUACUAUCACUUUACUCUCUCUCCAUAUUUUUACCCUGUACAGAUGAAGUCGUACCGGGGCGGUAUGAGGCUGCUGCUUCUGUUGUCCCUGGCUCUGGCAGCUGUAGCUGCCCAGGAGAGUCAGGUGAAGGUCGAUGUUUCUGAUGUUGAUGAUGACAUGGGCUUGGAUGAGGAAGAGUUAGAGGUUCUGAUGGGAGAAGAGGAAACAAUGGAGAAAGAAGAAGAAGAAGAAGAGGAGGCCGCCGUGAUGGAUGAUGACAACUUUGAUGAGGCAGACAGCAAGGACACAGUGGACGAGCAGGAUGGAAUGGAUGGAAAUGUGUCCUUCCAGGUCAGAGUCAGUGGUUGACAAGGCUGCACAUGUCUGUUCUUGGAAAAAAAAGAAAAAGCCCAAAAAAAAUUUUUCAAAAAAUAAAAAAAGCAUUUUGAUUAUUCAUAAUCUGAAGAGAAGUGUAGGAUGUUGUUCUUCUGCUGCUGCCAUCUUGACAAAGCACUUAGGAUGUUUUGACCCUUUGGUAGUUGCCCUACUUUUAUUAGCCGUUUAAGUUCAUGGUGCUUUGCAUCAUAGAAUUUCACAUUGUUGGGUAAAGUCUCUGUCCAGAUGGUCUUUAUUAGGCAGCAGCUUUACAUGGGCACAGCUAGGGAUGCAACAACUUUUUAAAGUCCUGUAUUAGAGCCAGUGCCUGGCCUUUGGUAUCAACUGAUAGUAAGGCUUAUCUCAUCCGAUCCUAUACCAGUAUUAAAGCUGAUGUGUGGAGCUUUUUGCCAGAAAAUGAGUGAAAUCGAUGGCGAUGUCUUUUUAGGGGCUGGGCUUUCACCAUUCAUAAUUCAUCUCUUGCUAACCUCUUAAAGUCUCUGGAAUUUUAAAUCUCUGAAUUGCAAAAAUUGAAAUCUGUGAAGUGUUUCUUUUUUUAUUUAUUUUUUACCUUGUUGGCUUACUUCAGCAUGCCUGUUUGUCUGACUGUAAGACAAAUAGGCAGUCAGUAUCUGACUAAUGCAUAUUGUUCAAAAGGCUGUGUGUCUGUAAUUUUAAUAAUUAGCUCAAACCAAAGGUCAAGUAUUAGUUACAUGUAGAACUAACGUGUAUUAAUUUGGAGGUAGCAUGUAUUCAUGCAGUUGAGUUAUUGUCAUUGAUUUGGUGUUGGGGACUUGGUGUAUGGUUAAUGAUGUAACUGCCUUUAAAAGCAUAUAUCCAUAACAAAAAAAAAGAAGAAAAAAAAAUUAUGUUCCCAACAUGGACACCAAAAGAAGUGGCUGUCGCUGUGUAACAGUGGUUAAUACAAACUACAAAAGCAUAUAUAUCAGCUUGUAAUUUUAUGUUUCUAGGUAGUAUACAAGACCCCUGUUCCAACUGGAGAAGUCUAUUUGGCAGAGACAUUUGAUGAUGGAUCACUGGACAGGUAUAGGCUUAACAACUCUACUAAAAACAGUGUGAAAUGAAUGUAUGAGCCUUUGAUGGUUCUCAGUGACCAAGAUAAGCUUUCACAUCAGUGGUUGUGAUAUGUUUGUAUUCUAUGUUUCUUGGCAAAUCUAAGAUGUUCUGUGGGUUUUAUUUUCACAGGUGGCAACUUUCAAAGACAGUUAAGGGGGAUGCAGAUGAUGACGUUGCCAAAUAUGAUGGUAUGUUUCUUUCCUUUCAUACAAAUCAUCUGCAUCUCAAAGUGCUUCAAAGGAUUUUGACAAAAGGCAACAAAAUGGCAAAACAUGAUGUAAAAUAAAAAUGGAUUUGGAUGCAUACCGACAGGGAUCAAAUAUAUGUAGUUCAAAUAACAUGUAAAAGAUUAAAAAAAAAAAAAAACGAUCAAAGAAUCAAACAUAAAAAAAAACAGAUUGGAUAAAAAUAAUAAAAUAGAUGAAGCAAGGCAGAUGUGUUUAUAAAGAAAAUUUCAAUAACAGUGUUAUUCAAAUUGCCUCACACAUUAUAAUUGAAGCAAAGACAAAAUAAAAACAGCAAAAAUAAAGGGUUGAAUAUAGUGAUAGAUUACAGCAUAAAAGUUACAGCGCUGUGUAAUUAUAGUAGAUGAUUUGUUUUAAAAAAAUAAAUAAAGGGAAGCUGGAACGGACCUGACAUUUUCUGGGAGAUUUGUGAAAACUGAAAGCUGUUUCUCCAUGGUUGCUUCUGACUCUUUAUUGUACAUAGCAUUGUACAUAACCUUUUAUGCUUUUAUACUUUAUAUAUUCUUGCAUGCUCUUAUUAGUUUUUAUUCUAGUAUUUUAUAUUACUCUAUGCUUAAUGUUGCACCAUCAUGCUGAAACAAAUUCCUAGUCUGUGAAUCCUGUUCAUCGGCAAUGGCAAUAAAGUUCUUUUGAGUUCUGAGUUCUGAGUAAAGAAAUCAGACCUGCUCCAGAUAACCUGAGUGCAUGUAAGUUGGCCCUAAACCAUUCACUGCUUUGUGAACCAGUAAUUUUUCUUAAAUCUAUUUUCUGAUAAACAGGGAGCCAAAGUUAAGACCUCAAAACUCAAGCAAGGUGAUCUACUUUCUUGCUCUUCGUGAGGACUCUGCAGCUGCAUUCUCUAUUAGCUGCAGUUGUCUGAUUGAAUUUUGUAUGGGGAGGGAGAUAACAAGCUCAAGACAAAUACAAGUACUAUGAUAAAAGUUCUAUAACAAGGAUAAAAACUAAAUAAAUAUGUUUAAAUCUGGAUUGUAAAUUGCACUAGUAUAUACACUCACCGGCCACUUUAUUAGGUACACCUGUCCAACUGCUCGUUAACACUUAAUUUCUAAUCAGCCAAUCACAUGGCGGCAACUUAGUGCAUUUAGGCAUGUAGACAUGGUCAAGACAAUCUCCUGCAGUUCAAACCGAGCAUCAGUAUGGGGAAGAAAGGUGAUUUGAGUGACUUUGAACGUGGCAUGGUUGUUGGUGCCAGAAGGGCUGGUCUGAGUAUUUCAGAAACUGCUGAUCUACUGGGAUUUUCACGCACAACCAUCUCUAGGGUUUACAGAGAAUGGUCCGAAAAAGAAAAAAUAUCCAGUGAGCGGCAGUUCUGUGGGCGGAAAUGCCUUGUUGAUGCCACAGGUCAGAGGAGAAUGGCCGGACUGGUUCGAGCUGAUAGAAAGGCAACAGUGACUCAAAUAACCACCCGUUACAACCAAGGUAGGCAGAAGAGCAUCUCUGAACGCACAGUACGUCGAACUUUGAGGCAGAUGGGCUACAGCAGCAGAAGACCACACCGGGUGCCACUCCUUUCAGCUAAGAACAGGAAACUGAGGCUACAAUUUGCACAAGCUCAUCGAAAUUGGACAAUAGAAGAUUGGAAAGACGUUGCCUGGUCUGAUGAGUCUCGAUUUCUGCUGCGACAUUCGGAUGGUAGGGUCAGAAUUUGGCAUCAACAGCAUGAAAGCAUGGAUCCAUCCUGCCUUGUAUCAACGGUUCAGGCUGGUGGUGGUGGUGUCAUGGUGUGGGGAAUAUUUUCUUGGCACUCUUUGGGCCCCUUGGUACCAAUUGAGCAUCGUUGCAACGCCACAGCCUACCUGAGUAUUGUUGCUGACCAUGUCCAUCCCUUUAUGACCCCAAUGUACCCAACUUCUGAUGGCUACUUUCAGCAGGAUAAUGCGCCAUGUCAUAAAGCUGGAAUCAUCUCAGACUGGUUUCUUGAACAUGACAAUGAGUUCACUGUACUCAAAUGGCCUCCACAGUCACCAGAUCUCAAUCCAAUAGAGCAUCUUUGGGAUGUGGUGGAACGGGAGAUUCGCAUCAUGGAUGUGCAGCCGACAAAUCUGCGGCAACUGUGUGAUGCCAUCAUGUCAAUAUGGACCAAGCUCUCUGAGGAAUGCUUCCAGCACCUUGUUGAAUCUAUGCCACGAAGAAUUGAGGCAGUUCUGAAAGCAAAAGGGGGUCCAACCCGUUACUAGCAUGGUGUACCUAAUAAAGUGGCCGGUGAGUGUAAGAUGCAGUUAAAAAGAUGCCCUUUCCCUCAUACCUCUUCUUGUGUUAUAUGUGGGUUGGGCAGGUGCUAGAACACGGCUAGAGCUCUGGAUCUUGUUUUUGUCGUUCCUGUCACCAUACUCUUGUUCUCUUGACUUGUUCUGUUGACAGAACUUAAGUUGAUUGAAGCAGAGACUAUGAAACCGAACGACUGAGUUUAAGUUUAACUGUUACUGAAAAAUAAUCUCAAAGCUAUAACUGAUUGUUUUAACUGUGAAUGGAGGCAAAACUUGGGUUGUCAAAUGACUCUUCCUGUCCUGCCCUCCCAAGGGAAGUGGGCUGUGGAGCAACUGAAAGAAAACAAAGUUCCAGGAGACCUAGGCCUCGUUCUCAAGUCCCGAGCAAAACACCAUGCAAUUUCAACCAUGUUGAACAAACCCUUUGUCUUCAAGGACGACCCUUUAGUCAUACAGUAAGUGCAGACCAAUGCACCUACACACACACACCUACACAACCAUUUGUGUUUAUUCCAGUGAAUAAAAUGUGGCCUAGGAUUGUAUACACUGUUUUGUUGUGGGAAAAUAAAAUAAAACACAGGAAACAUCUUCACAGCUUGGGCCAUUUCAUUGUUCUUCUGGAGACUGUGUAUUAACUUUCCUUGUGCUCCCUGCAACUUCAAGCUAACCAGAACCUCUUUUAUGACCUGUGGGCUAGGUCAGGGGCCUAUUUUACGAAGCAAGUUCGACCUAGCGAGGUAGCCCUGGAGCUUCCACGCUCAACUUAGUGCGGUAGCCAGCGGUCUCGCUAAACGGUCUUACAACGCUGGUUAUCAACCUUGGUCAGUGGGCGGGGUUUUUAUACUCUGUGAGUUCAAUCUGGAGCCUGACCUGCCCUGGAGCAGGUUAGCCGUUCAGUGUACGUUGCCAUGGAGACUCGCCUCGUUAAGAAGUGAACCUGCGUCAUAGAAUAGGAAACCCCGAAGUUACCCUCGAAGUUACCUCUCUAAGCAGUGGUCCUGCUUCGUAGAAUAGGCCCCUGGUUAGGCUGGGCACAAAAAUGUUUCAGUGGAAAAAUAAACACCUUGGUUUAGUCAAAGCUGUCCAUCAGACUCCUGUCAGCAGUAGCUUCACUUUAACAAGUUGUGUUCAUGGUUGCAGCUGGCUCAGUCCUCUCAAUUUCCUAAAUCAUCACUAUUUGUUUCAAAUAAAUUUCAGUUAAUUUGCUAAAAGGACACCAAAAUAACGACAUGAUGAUGAACAUUCGUGCUUUGUCUUGCUUUACAUGAAAACAACCUUUCAGUGGGUGUUUUCAUGGAGACUUGACAGACCUUUAGUGAUGCAAUCUCAGGACUUCAGGAUCGCCUCCAAGCUGAGAGGCUUUUACAAUUUGGCUUUAAAGUUUAUUUCUCAGUCUUCACUCAAUGAAAUGACCUCAGUUCAGCUUUGCAGUAUUUUCUUGUACAAACUAGUCUUACCACUUGCAAAUUGGUAUUUUUGUAGCGCUAAGUAAUAAAAUGAUGCAAAAAAUCUGAUUUUUUUGGGGGGGGGUCUUAACACAAGAUGUUGCUCUGGUUGCAGGUAUGAGGUUAACUUCCAGGAGGGAAUCGACUGUGGUGGAGCAUACAUCAAACUCCUUUCAGAUGCUGACGAUCUCGAUCUGGUUGGAGUAUUUGUUUUUAUUCUGUAUUACUCCAUUUAUGAAGUAUGUAGUUUAGACAUGAACAGAAGAAUUUUAUCAUGUCAGACAUUUUCACUUUAAAUCCAAAGUACAAGAAGUGGAUAACUCCAUAUGUAAUUUGAUCUUAAAAUAGUGGGUACCCUUCACAACAGUCAUUACCCAAAGACUUAAACUCUUGUUUCCUUUGCACUGAAGGAGCAAUUCCACGACCGCACACCAUACACUAUCAUGUUUGGACCGGACAAGUGCGGCGAGGAUUACAAGCUUCACUUCAUCUUCCGCUAUCAAAAUCCCCUGAACAAAGACCUGGAGGAGAAGCAUGCAAAGAGGGCUGAUGUAGACCUCAAGAAGUUCUACGUAGACAAAAAGACACACCUCUACACUUUGGGUACACAGUUUGGAAAGAUUCAGUAUUAGCUUUGACUUUGUGUCUGAAAUGUAACAGAAAUGUGCCAGCAAAGGUGGCAUAAAAAGUCAACCCUACAUUUAUCUACAUACAUUUCAGCAUUUCUCAUUUUGCUUACAUGUACAUCUUACAUAUUUGUUUGUAUAUCAGUUGUAAACCCAGACAACAGCUAUGAGAUGUUCAUUGACCAGUCCAGUGUAAGUCGCGGCAACCUGCUUCAUGACAUGGUGCCUCCAGUCAACCCACCCAAAGAGAUAGAUGAUCCAAACGACUCCAAGCCAGAGGACUGGGAUGAGAGGGCCAAGAUUCCUGACCCUGAGGCGGUCAAACCAGAUGACUGGUGAUUAUACCCUCUGUACCAGUAGACACUGCAGAGUUUGUUGCAGAUUUAAAUGUUAGGGCUGCAGUGACCUUAUCAGUAAUGAUCAGAAACAAAACGUGGACAUGUGAUUGUGUGUAUGCCUCAGGGAUGAAGACGCUCCAGUCAAGAUUGACGACCCCGAUGCAUUAAAGCCAGAGGGCUGGCUGGAUGAUGAACCAGAGUUUAUCCCUGACCCUACUGCAGAGAAACCAGAAGACUGGUAAACAAACACAGUCAACUCCCCCUGAAAACACACAGCCAGCCUAUGAAUCACAUUACAGCACUGAUUUGAAAAAAAAAAGAAAUACUAUGCCUUAAAGCUGUCUUCUGUGUGCAGGGAUGAGGAGAUGGAUGGUGAAUGGGAAGCCCCGCAGAUUCCUAACCCAGCCUGUGAGACGGCUCCUGGCUGUGGAGAGUGGAAGCGUCCAAAAAUCAACAACCCUCAGUACAAGGGCAAGUGGAAAGCCCCUCUGGUGGACAACCCCAACUAUCAGGUAAGUAUUACCAGAACUAAGCACAGUGCUAUUGGGCUAAAUUAGAAAUAUUUUUCCACAUGGGUCAGAAAACGGAAACGCACACACUGUUCACUGUCUUUAUUUUGUUUGGUUUGUAACUUGGAUAAACUCAACAGGGCUCUGUUUUAGGGGGUUGGGUAAUGCAGAGUGAGCCACAGUAGAAUAGCAUACCAUAUCAUACAAUAAAUGAUAAUUGCCAUACAAUAACAACAACAUCAUGAUGCUGCAGCAAUAGCUACCAUGCAAUAAUACCCCACAAUAUCAGAUUUACUGAAGGACAAAACAACCAUAGUUUGGCUUCAACUUUAAGCCAAACUAUGGCUGUUUUUUUUUUCUUCAGUAAAUCAGAUGAAACAUUGUAGAUGUUUUUAGUCUGUCUACUAUAUUUUUCAACUACUGAACUGAUUACUGUUUAAUUACUGUAAAAUAUGACUCAUUUCUUAAAAAAGUACAGUACAUGUAAAACUAAAUGCUCAUUAGCGCUUUAUAUUUAGCACUUUGCCAUAACCUGCCUGACUUCACAUUAUACUUUGGACUUUAAAACAAACAUAUUUUUAUAUAAGCCUGUAUGACCUUAAUUGUUACAGCUGCAGCUGUAGUCACCAUAACUAUUAUUAACUAUUCCCCUAUUUUAAUCAAUUUCUAUUCCCCUUUAGCUUUCACUGGAAGUUCUGCCAUAUGAGCACCAGUGUAAUAUUUGCAAGACACUAGCUUUUGGAACAUGUAUAAAUUUUUUACCUGUGUCAGUGAAUCAAGCAGUGACAGUUAGGUAAGACCAUAGACUGUAUAUAGAAUAGACGCCGUUUGCCUCCUUGUUGGGUGAAGCCACCCCGAGAACAGCACACUCUGGUGACGGGCUGCAGUAUAGGUCAUAAAUCCCGCCUCCUCCAGCAAUAUAUGGAGCUGUGGACAGACUUUAGGAAUUUAUUACACAGAAUAUAGAUUUUUCUCCCCCCCUGUUUGCGAUGUUGACAUGUAGUUAUUGUAAGACUGGUUUGUGCUCAAGUCCUCUUUUUCUGAGCAGCUCCAUUUUUGAAAGUUAUUAGGGGGUUCAUGUUUUCUUUGAUUAACACUUGAUACAGCAUAUGGGCGUACGAAGAUUGCGUAGCUGACCCGGGGGAUACGCUGUUUAAGCGGAGCCUCAUCACAGUGACUCUCUGUCCGAAUGCGUACAACGCUACUGCACAAGUGGUGGUUCCAGGAAAUGGAGAAAAAUUGCAGAUUUACCGAGAGCUUUUUGGCUCCAAAGCUGUAUACUGGUGGAAGGCAGAACCAGAUUGUCCGUAGUAUAUACAGUGUUUGUGUAAGACUUGACAGACCAUGAAGUCCACUGGUAGGCAGUGCAUCAAACUCCACAGUACAUCAUACACCUUUCUUCUUGUGUCAGCAUAAAGAGCCAGAACAGCCUUUCUUUGUUUCUUGUUUGUUUUAUUAGUGACUUGUGCAGUUUUUCCCUUUUUUUUAUAUCCCACCUUUGAAUUUUAGGAUGAGUGUGUUAGUUCUUAUGAAAGUUGUUGAAGCUGGGGGCAAUCAAAUAACAUCUAUUUUUUCAUUUUCCAUUUGAUCCUUUUGCUGUUCCUCCAAGUGUCUUCUUCCUCUACCAUGAGCAUAGCUGUUCAUUCCUCUGGAGUGAAGGCAUGUACUGACAAUGAUUUGCUCUGCAGAGAGAACUUUUUUUCUGGGGUUAAGGAGUCCAACCUGUAAAUAAGUGGGGCAAAACCACCCCUGUUAAAUGUAAACUUCUUAUCUAUUGUUUUUUCAACAGACAUAGACUGUUAAAGAGCUGUAGUUCUACAUUAAAACAUGAAUUACAGAGAGGUUACACACCACAGCAUUUAGCCAAUGACAGUCCACCUUCAGAACCUCUGAUUCUUUGUAUGUUUGUGCACCAGCUGAAACCACCUGCUCAACUCCUCUUCCUAAUUGUUUCUCUCAAGGGAGUCUGGAAGCCUGGCAAGAUAAAUAACCCAGACUAUUUCGAAGACCUGCAGCCCUUCAGGAUGUCACCAUUUAAGGCGCUGGGCUUGGAGCUUUGGUCCAUGACCUCUGAUAUCUACUUCGACAACUUCAUCAUCACGUCUCACAAGGAGGUGGCCGAUCGGUGGGCGUCUGACAGCUGGGGGCUGAAGAAACUGGUGGCUAGUGCUAACGAGGUCAGUGGGAGGGUUUGUUGGGGCAAUAGAAACAUUGUCAUUACCAUGGACAAACUAUUUACCUCUGAAAUGUUUGUUGUUGUAAGGGGACAGGAUCACAGUUGUCCACUUGUAUCAACUGUAUUUCUAUUUUGUGUGUUUCAGCCGGGAAUUUUUGCUCAGCUGAUGAUGGCAGCAGAGGAGCGGCCAUGGCUCUGGGUGGUCUACAUUCUAACUGUAGGCCUGCCAGUAGGACUGGCUGUGCUCUUCUUUUGGCCAAAGGUAAUAUACACCUCAAGAGUCAUUCAUUCACUCUGUGUUUCUGACCUCAGAGAGGCACACCAGAAAAACCAUGGAAGCUGACUGCUCCCCUGUUUUGUGUCCCAGAAAUCAGAAGAUGACUUUGCAUACAAAAAGGUGGGUAUACCCCAGGCUACUGUAGAAGAAGAGGAAGAGGAGGAUGAAGACGAAGAGGAGGCUGCCGCAAAUGAGGAAGACAAAGCUGACGAGGCUACAGAGGGAGAACCAGCUGCAGGUGAGAUGGUCUAACAGGACAUCACACACUCUGCUCUUUGACUAUUUUUCAGUCACGAUGCCUCCCAAUGACCACCAUCAACUUUCCUCUCCCUUUAAAAGCAACAGAAGAAGUCGAAGAAGAGGAGAAGGAAGAGGAAGACGAGGGAGCAGAUGCAGGAGGUGACAACCAAGAGGGAGAUGCUGAGGAAGAUGAGGUGGAGAAUGAAGAGGAGCAAAGCAAAGCUCCUGAGAGGACAUUAGAAGAAGAGGUUGGUGUCAUGUGGAAUAUUUCCCCUGAUGAACCUGCUGAAAUCCUUUUGAUCUUUAUCUGCUGAGCUUUGGAAAGUAUCGAGAGUGAAUAUCAGUGUGUCAUCCAUGUAACAACCAUCCUUGCUUUAUUUUAUCACAACUCCAUCUAGCAGCCAAAGGAGGAAGGAAACACAGCAGAGGAAAGCCACAAACAAUCAGUAAGGAAAAGGAGGGUACGGAAAGAUUGAAGAAGCAAAUCCCUUUGCCUAUGGUCUCCUUGCUCCCCCGGUAUGGAGGAGGAUGGAAGGAAGGGCCCUUUCUGCUGCUACUCUCCCUGGUGUGUGAAGCAGCAUGAAUUUCCUCCAAAACCACCGGUAGCCCGCAGUCUACCCAGCUGCCUCACCCACAUCUCCUCAUCCAUUUGGCUACACCCAUCAUAGGUUCUUCAGUCUCUGAAGCCACAUCCUGUCGCCCCCCUCCUCUCAUCUCGUCUCCUCUUCUUGUCUGCCUGUUGAACUUUCAGAUAAAUUCUAUUGAGAUUUUGUGCAUUUAGCUGUUUUUCCUGUUUGUCUUGAGCUUCUAGUCCUUUAUCCUUCUUCUCCUCUCUAUGACAUCCUUGUCCUAAUGCCUACCUUAGAAGCCCUGCCUCUUGCACCACAGUUCCUGUUUCCCCUGUCUCUGCUGUCAGUCUUCUCUGAAAAAGAAAAAAAUUCAUCACAUAUCUCAGAGUCUUCUUUGAGAGUGAGGGCAGCAGCUGCCCUGUUGUUGCCUCCAGUUUAUACCAUUUUCCAGUGUAUCUUAGGGGGCCACAUCUCAGAAGUAAGACUUUGUUCUCAUGUCCUUUGUUUAGAAGAACAUGUUUGAGGACAGUUCGACAAAGUUCCUUCCUUGUCCAAAAGUGUUCUUGUUUGUUCGAGAAGGUGAAGCAAAGCUGCAAGGAGCAGCUUUUUGAAAUGAUGCAGGACAUUUCAGCUGAUAAAUCGCCUCAGUUUAGGCUUUUAGAUUUUACCUCUGUAAAAAAAAAAAAUGUUUACCUGAUUUUAGAUAGUUUGUUAAGAGCAUCAGCUAUUUCUUGGUCUUUUAUUAAGUUCUGACAGUUUAAGAGUUGGGGAUUAGCACUGAUAACCCUAUUUAUAGGAUUUUUUUGUUUUGAUUUUAUGCCUGUGAGGACAUAAAAAUGCAGUGUUUUGAGUGAUAUUUGAUAUUCUACUGAUGUUUUGAUUCUGAGCCUGUCUUUUUGAAUUGCAUUGCCAGUGUAAAGUGAAUGAUCAAAACACUGACUUUGUAAGUGCUUGCAGCUAUAACAGAUCUUUGAGCCAUGGCUGUCAGAUGUCAAUAAGACAUUCAGCCAGUACAUUACAGUGCUUUCACCUGAUAAAGAAAUAUCUUGAGUAUCAAUCAAUCAAUCAGUUUUUAUACCUAUAGCAACAAAUCACAACAGUUGUUAUCCCAAGACACUUUCCAAAAAAAGCAGGUCGAGACCACACUCAUUGUUUGCUGAAUUGCAAAGACCCAACCUUAAGAUGGGACAGAUUUGACCCAUCUCAUCCAACAUGAGUGACAGUGGCAAGGUAAAACUUUCACUUUAACAGGCAGAAACCUUGAGCAGGACCAGACUCAUGUUAGGAGUGUGUGGGUGUGGGUGGUGGUGGUGGUGGUGGGGCUAGAAAUUGGGGUGGAGGGAGAGAGCGAGGGGAAGACAGAGAGAUGGGGUACAGCAGCAACAGCAAAAACAGCAACAACUCAAACAAAGUCCUUGCUGCAGAGCAAAUAAUGAUGACAGGAUAUGAAUUCAGUUUACAGAAAAGGUAAAUAAUUAAUAAUAAACCUAAUUAAAUCAUCUAACAUGAUUACAGUCAGCAGGCCUAAUAGUAGUUAGCUUUUUGUUAUUAGUGUCAGUGAGGCUGAUGUUCAUGUCUGUAGCAUCAGUCCAGAGGAACCUAAGAGAUGAAGGGGCUCGGGGUCAGGGAGGUCCACAGCAGCCAACCAUCUGUAGCAUCAGUCCAGAAGAACCUAAGAGACUGGGGGGUUUAAGGACACUCAGAGAGAUCUGGUUAGUAACUUAAAGGACAAGGUACAGACAGGAGUUCAGUGUAUCAGAUCCCUGAGCAGUCUAAACCCAAAGCAGCAUAACCAAGAGUUGGUUCAAGCCUAACCAGCCUGAACUAUAUCAAAGAGGGAAGUUUUAUGUCUAUUGAUAGUUGAGAGAGUGUCUGUCCCACGAACCUUGAAUGGAAAAUGAUCCCAGAGGAGAGGUGCCUGAUAGCUGAAAGCUUUACCUCCAAUACUACUUUUAGAGACAUUUGGUACAACAAGGAGACCAGCAGACUUUGCCCGUAGUGGUCUGGAGGGAUAGUAGGGUAUUACGAGCUCUUUAAGAUAUGAUGGAGCCUAAACAAUUAAGAGCUUUGUAUGUCAUAAGAAAGAUUUUAAAUCCAAUUCUAGAUUUAAUAGGGAUCCACUUAAGAGAGGCUAAGACAGGAGAGAUGGGCUCUCUUCUCCUAGUUCUAGUCAAUACCCAAGCCAUGGCGUUUUGGACCAGCUGUAGAGUCCUUAAAGACUUAAUAGAGCAGCCUGAUAAGAGAGAAUUACAGUAAUCCAACAUAGAGGUAACAAAAGUGUGGACUAGUUUUUCUGCAGCAGAAAAAUGCCUCUUGAAAGUGUAAGGACUAAAAACAAGAACUCGAGUUUUGUCUGAGUUUAGAAUCAGAAAGUUAUUGGUCAUCCAAGAUUUUAUAACUUUGAGCCAAGGCUCUAGUUUGGUUACCUGAUUUGUUUCUUCUGCUUCAUUGAUAAGCAUAACCGAGUCUCAUCUGCGUAAUGGUAAAAAUUUACAGCAUUUCUUCAUAAUUUUAACUAGAGGAAGCAUGUACAAAGUGAAAAGAAUCGGUUGAAGCACUGACCCUUGUGGGACCCAGUAGCAGAAUUUGGGGAACUGAAUCAAAUAGAUCAGAUUUAACCCAGGAUAGAUUAGCUCCUGCUUGAUGUUCUAUUCUUUGUAGCAGGAUUUGGUGGUCCUAUCAAAUGCAGCGCUAAGAUCUAACAGGACAAGAACAGAGAGAAAACCACUGUCUAAAGCCAUAAGUAGAUCAUUUGUCAGUUUCAGCAGUACAGUCUCCAUGCUGUGGUGGACUCUAAAUCUGGACUGGAAAUCCUCUGGUAAACUACUGUUAUGAAGAAAAUCACAAAUUUGAUUUGCAACAACUUUUCUAGGAUUUUAGAAAUAAAGGCAAGGUUAGAUAUUGGCCUAUAGUUAGCUAAGGUGCCUUAGUCAAGAGUAAGGUUUUUUAAGGAGAGGUUUUAUCACUGCCGUUUUCAUAGACUGGGGAACAUAUCCUGUUAAUAAUGACAUAUUGAUCAAGCUAAGUAAAGAUGUACUGAUUAAAAAAGGAGCUUCCUUCAGCAGCUUAAAUGGAAUUGAGGCUUAAAGAAAUUUUGGUGUUUUAGCUGCUAACACUACUGAAUUUAACUCAGGGAGGUCAAUAGGUGGAAAGUUACUAAAAUACACCAGAGGUCUUAAGGGUGUCUUCACAAUUUCAGAAUCAUCUCAGAGAAAAACACCUGUUGAGGGCAAGAUAUUAGUAAUUUUAUCUCUUAUUUUUAAAGGUAUCCUAUUAUGGCAUCUUUCAUCAAGUGUAAAUAGGUCCCAGAGGUCCCACAAUAGUAAAUUUGGAGUUUGUUGUCUAAAACACCAGUUUGCUUGUGGAUAUCAGCCAGCCUGAACCCCCCACCCCUUUUUUUUUUUUUUUUGCAGCUCCACUUAGAGUGAGCUGAUUCUGUGCCUGUACCUUUAAAUGAUAAUAAGCUGUGUUUAACCACGCUCUUCCUCCCCAAGGCCGCUCUGAGUUGCUGGCACCGCCGCGGUGGUCCAGGAGCGGUGGUCUGGGGACCUCCAGACCACCACGGCUGGAAGCACCAGCGUGACUCCGCGCCCUCGAGGAACACCCGCUGCUCAUAGGAUUAAAAGUAAAUAGAAGCAAGUCUGAAGACAAAUACCAACGAUGGCAAACACACAUGAUUGCAGCCAAAGCACUAGUCAUACGGGCGGCAGUAAAGCAAUAUAAAACACAAAACUUACAGCUUCCACAUUUGAAGUUGGGUCCCUGAUACUGACAGUCGGUACAGAUCCAAGUUUUAUCUCCAGCUUCUAAGCGAAUCCUGCUUUGAACUGCCCCUCGUUGGUUAAACAGUCCAUGGUUAAAUGGUUGUCACACACAUACGACAUUUCCUGAGUUGUUGUGGGUACAUUCCCUUCAAAAAUAAAAUGAAUCCACUGGGUCCUCAAAUCUUCCGACGGAGGAGGCAGAAAUAGACUCCUGUCUUCGUUUAUGCAACCAAGAACCAAGUAACAGCUGGGUCGUAGCUUUGACAUGGUCACUGUACCAGAGCAGCGUAUGCAAGGGGAAAAAAUGGCAGCCACUACCUCAGUGAAGAAGUUUUAGAGGGCUGGGCUAAUGAUUAUCGGGGGCACUGCCACCAACAUGUGGGAGGGGCUUAUGCUGUGAUGUCGUCAUAACUGCACAGAUUUCUCAUCUGCCCGUUUGCGCUCAUGUUUUUAGAGAGGAGGGGGAUAGCAAGAAAGGGAGAAAGUGAUUUUUUUUUCAUGUCAGGGGGGUUGUUGGCUUCGAGGGGAUGCAUAUUAUUGGUAGAAAACCACCCAAAGUGGAUUUUUUUCAUAAUAGGGGACCUUUUCAGAUUUUAUCAUUAAAGAAGCUCAAGAAGUCAUCGCUGCUGAGGGCUAAGGGAAUACACUGCUCAAUGGUCCUCUGACUGUCCAUCAGCCUGGCUACAGUGCUGAAGAGAUAACCUGUGGUUGUUCAUAUUUUCUUCAAUAAAGGACGAGUAGUAAGCUGCCCGAGCACACUGCAAGACCUUCCUAUAUUUAUUGAGACAGUCCUGCCAGAGUAUGCAAGCUUUGGCUGUUUUAGAAGGACAGCAUAUCUUUUCCAGUUUUCUUAACUGUUUAGGCUCAUGAGUUUUAGUGUAAUACCACCAGCCAGCCUCUGGCGUCCAAUAGUUUUCUAUUGAAGAGGAGCAGCUGCGUCAAGAAUGACUAACAGAUAAUGACUCAUAGAUAAACUUAUCAAGUUGCAAAGGACUAACGCGUAAGUAUGAGCUAUCAGUAAAGUUAUUCUCAAACACUGAAUUAAGAGCAGAUGGAACUGCCUCCUUGAACUUAGCUACAGCACUUUCAGACAACCUUCUUGUUAGCACGGUUUUGUGAUAAGGAGAGUAGCCUGAUAGCACAAAUUCAAAAGUUACUAGGAAGUGGUCUGAUAAAAGGGGAUUUAAUGAGCUGACUGACAAGGUUUCAGUUUCAAGGCUGUAAGCCCGGACAAGAUCCAGGGUGUGGUUAAAACAAAACGUAGGUCCAUGUACACACCGUGUAAACCCAAUUGAGUCUACCAGAGACAAAAAAGCAAUGUCAAGGCCAUCAUUAUCCACAUCCACAUGAAUAUUUAAGUCACAACAAUGACCUUGACUGCACUAAGAACUAAAUCAGAUAGAAACUCCUAGAAUUCUGACAAAAAUUCUGAGUAUGAACUGGAAGGGAGAAAAACUAUAGCAAACAGUACUGGUCACAUGGUUUUUGAGGCUGGAUAUAAUAUUCAGCUGGUUAGAAUUAAAGGGUAGAGGACGGGGGACAGACACAAUCUCUAUAUCAUAGUGGUAGUGGCUGGGACGCUGCUCUGAAGGAAGCACAGUGGAGUAGGCCUGCAGCUCUGCUCCCUGGUCUCCACUAUGUAUUGUCAGUGAGGAAGACUAAUAAAAUCAGACAGAUUUCUGGGUAAAUGAGCCGCACUGUCACAAAUAGGAUAAGUGCCGUUUCAACCAAGCAGACCAGGUUUGCCCCAAAGCGAUUUCCAAUUAUCAAUGAACCUACACUGUUUCGCGGACAUCACCUUGACAGCCAGCGGUUGAGUGAUGAAAUGCAGCUACAAAUCUCAUUAUUUGUCCAAUCAGGUAGGGGACCAGAGAAAACAACAGAGCUCAACAUAGUUGGUGUAUUCACCCACCAAUUCCACUUACAACGCCAGGAGUCAUUAACGCCUGUAGUGACUGCUUUCCAUCAACAAAAGGCCAUUGGGGUUUAGGUGCGCUUGCAUCCGUGACUCGUUCAUUCAGUCUGCAUGAGCAUUAAAGGUGAUAAUUGUUCAAAAAAAGGAAGAAAACUUAACAGUCUAAGGCUACCGAUCCAGGUCCAAACUUUUGCCUUCAAAUGAAAGGUGAUUUGAUGAAUUGAAGAUGGAUGGGUGAAAAAAUGGUCAACAGAAAAUUACCAGAGCUCACUAAAACCCAUUGUCUCUGACUACACCAGCGUUUUUAAAUAACCCGCCAAAAAUCACAAAACCACACCCCUCAGUGUUGAUCACCAGAAGUGAUAUACCUAUCAGAAAAAUCAUGCCCUCAACAAAUUUUUUUUGGCUCCUACAACGCCAAUAUCUAUUGCAAUCUUACUGACUUUAGGUUUAGCCGUUGCCUGUAGUUUCAAACUACUUUCUAUGUCGCUCACUCUGGCCCCCAGGGAGACAAUGCGUCGGGCUCAGCAGGUGUGUUGCUGAGAGGGGCUGGGGUCUAACGUGGGCUUCUUAAGCUUAACAGGUAUUGUUAUUGUAAAAAGAGGACGAGGAGUAACCAAACAGCUGACACACCAAGCAGAAGCGAACAGGUGAAGCAAAAAGCAGGGGAGAGGCCAUUGCUAGUGAGAGAAGUUAAGUGCUAUGAGAGUACAUAACAAACCACUGAAGAGGUCAACAGAAAUGAAGAGAGAGAUGGUGCUUGGUGAAAACUAGCAAAUAUACACACAGACUUGUAAACAAAGACAUAUUGAAGAAAAAUUACCCUAUUAGUGAGAAAGCUAUCGAGAGAUGCAACACAGCAUACAGUUCACCAACAAGGAACAGAAUGAUGCUUUACACACGCUCACCAGUCAAGAGGAGGAGUCGAGCCCAGCAGUUCAGAUUCUGGACAGUUGCCUGAUGGAGUUGUUGAUGCUAACUUAUUUGUUUUUAUAUAUUGUGUCAAACUUUUUGUAGUUUUUGAUUUUGCCAGAUGAUGGCAGAUGUCCCUGUUCCCAUAUGUUUGCAAGUUGUACAUUGCUACUAAAAUAAAACUAUUUAAUACAAAA